AUGGCGAUCUGGGACUCAUUCAGUGGCCGCAAGCAGGCCCAAGGAUCCGAGGUUUUCGACCCUUCGACUGCGCCGGAUGCCACCUCCUUUCUCACCGAAUCCCUCAUCCCUGAUCCUACUCAGCUUCACCCUCUGGCCGGCUUGAACCAAGAAACCCUCGACUAUCUUACUCUCGAAGAUACCUCUCUGGACGAACUACCAGGCUCGCGAUCAGUAUUGCCAUCUCGUGGGUGGUCGGACGAUUUGUGUUACGGAGCUGGAACUACCUACCUUGCUGGUUUGACGGUUGGAGGAGCAUGGGGUCUCGUUGAAGGACUGCGACGCACACCCGCCACAGCGCCUCCGAAGAUCCGGUUGAACACUGUUCUGAACUCGAUCACCAGACGAGGACCCUUCCUCGGCAACUCGGCAGGUGUCGUGGCUAUGGUAUACAACGGCUUCAACUCCGGACUUGGAUAUGUACGGGGUAAGCAUGAUGCUACCAACAGCAUCGUGGCCGGCGCUUUGAGUGGAAUGCUCUUCAAGAGCACCCGAGGAAUCAAACCCAUGAUGAUCUCCGGCGGUAUCGUGGCUGGUAUCGCAGGAACCUGGACCGUCGUCCGACGCGCUGUCCUGUAG